AUGAUAUAUUCAGUGAGAGAUCAUAAAUUCUACCUCAACAAGAGGCUUAAGGGAAAGUACAAUGGUCCAAUUGAUUUCGUCGACACUAGCUCCGGCUUCCCUCAGAUGAGUCUGUACCAGCCUUCCCUCAUCGACCCUGACUCCGACUCCCCUUUCUCCGACAUCCCCGAGAGUAGACUAGAACAGCUUUACUCAGCUACCAUGGCUCAACACAUUGUCGAGUCACCUUCUGGCGAAAUCUUCAUCGUUUACUGGUAA